AUGCCAGCGGGCGCAAAUGUCGGACUCUCCUCCGACCGGCGACUUGCAUCCCAGCAGCCAGGAUCGAGGCAUGUUUCAUCAAUCACAACAACAUGGCCACCCGUGACUAAUGACCACACAGGGGUUCUCGAUGAUCAAGUCGCACCUCCUCCCCGCCACGAAGAUACGUCGAUCGAACGCGGCGACUCUGAUGAACCGCAAGCCAAAAGACGGAAGAUCGCAGCAGGACACAAACCCUCUCCGAGACCAAUUUCGCCUCCAUGGAAACGGGUCGCGGCGGAAGGUCCGACGUCCUUCGUCGAAGACGGGCGAAGGAGAUCUGGGAGAACCAAUAUCGUGCCCCUCGAUUUGCAGCCACAGUCGACCAAAAGACACACCCGCGCCGCGUUUGACAAGGUGAAGUCAGAACGACAAAAGCAGGCGAAGCCCAUCUACAACGUGUCGACACGAAAGCCAAAGGCUGAGACAUUAGAACCAUCACCCACGCCUAAACGGGGUCCCGGCAGGCCUCCUAAGAAUCGUGACUCUGACAAAACACCCUCAAUCAAACAUGAAGAGACACCGAAGCCCGCCAAAGCCUUGCACGCGCACAAAGCUCCCCCCACACGUCAAAGACAACGUUCUCGGGAGGUUGAAGGGAUGAGAGCCAAAAUCGAAGAGCUUAAGAAGCUGCGAGAUAGCCUGAAAUCCUCUAGUGCCUCUGUGUCCAAAUCACCUCGCCGUCGUCGCCGGCGAAAAUCAACCUCCGUCAAUGGUGUCGAAUCCAGGUCGCCGCCACAUGUAAAUGGCUUCUUGGAAACUGACGACGACGACGCCUCGGAUUUGUCCAGCAUAUACACGACAAGAGAUUCCAGUCCUCCUUUAACCUUACACAAAGUGACGCUUCGUGUCCAACUUCCUGAGCCCACUGUUGCCACACCUUCUAAUAUCCCACCGCCGAAGAGAUUUUCAUCAUUUUCGGAAUUCCUGGACCUUGACGAGUCCGAGCCACGCGCUGGUGAGGACUUACUUACUCCCCAACAAAUCAGACAAGAGGCAGCAUCGAGAAACAGAGUAUAUGGGGCACUAGAGAGUGGUAAGGUCUUUGACAAGAUACUGAGUGAUACGCUUCCUGCAAAGCACGACGAACCCAGACGACAAUAUGCGCAUCUCGAUCAUCUGCUCGCCCACAUCUGCCAUUUCAGACAGUUGCUGAGAAAAGAAGCACAAGAUCAUAAGCGGACAGCACAGAUCCUGGCUCACGAGGCGAAGAAGUAUGUGGAAGAGAAGCGAAAGCGUAACAAGGUGAAGACGCCCGAGGAGAUAGAGCAGGAAAAGCGUGAGGCGGCUAUUGCUUCAUAUCGCGCCGUGGCCAAGGAUAUGGACAGGUUGUGGGCAGCAGUGAGAGCUGAGGUGGACUUGAUGCGACAGAAGCAAUAUGAAGAAGAGCAGCAAGCGAAGAUGAAAGGCCAUCUCGCCCGGGUGCUGGAUAGAACUGAUCAGAUGUUGAAUCGUGCCACCGACCAAGAGGAAUCUCUUAUGAGCGAGACGGACCUGUCGACAGAUGAGGGCGCAACGAGUGAGACUGACGACAGUGAGCAAAUGUCCGAGAGCGAUACGGAACCUGAGUCAGAAUCUGCAGCGGGCGAUGAUGAUGCAGAGAUGUCAAUUGAGGAUUUGAAGCGAAAGUACGGAAACCUUCCAGAUUUACCGGCUGACGAAGAGAUGUCUGUCCAAGGUGAUGCGGAAACCAAUCCGGAUCAGUCCGAAGAAGAAGACUCGGAUCCAGAAACUGAAAUGGAUAGCGAGUUUGACACUGAUGAUUCGAACGAUGACGAUGACGAUGACGACGAUAAUGAUGCCGAAGAUAGUGAAGAAGAUACUCGAGGCGGCCUUCUAUCCUUGUUCUCAAAGAAAGAGCUCGCCAGUAUGGCACCGUCCUCCGAAGACGUUCCCACGGACGACAACGAUGGUGAUGUUAGUACUCCACCUCUGGUUCAAGUACUCGAAGAUGACGAGAUGCAAGCUGCGGACAGUCCUCCAGUCUCGCCAAAUCCGGAAAAGGCUGAACAUGACGAGGUCGAGUCCGCACACAUUCAUGAAGUUGAUCAUGUUGAGGAGGCACGACGAGAUGCUUCAGUUGACGUCCCAAUGCCCCAGCUAGACGAUAACGACUCCGCAAGCCAGGAGCCAAGUGCACAUACUUCACCACGUACAACUGCGACCAAAUUGUCCGAGCCAGACUCUGUCUCAUCUAUCGAGGUCGCUCCCGAAACCACACAACCUGCAGCCCAAUCUCCAGAGACCAAGUCAACGAUCAAAACUCCAGUUCCUAGCUUGUUGCGUGGCACUUUACGAGAAUAUCAGCAUGAAGGUCUCGACUGGCUGGCGGAUUUGUACGCGCACGGGAGAAGUGGCAUUUUGGCUGAUGAAAUGGGUCUUGGUAAGACGAUCCAAAGUAUUGCACUGCUCGCACACCUUGCCGAGGUUCAUGAGGUCUGGGGUCCGCACCUUAUUGUGGUGCCUACCAGUGUGAUGCUCAAUUGGGAAAUGGAGUUCAAAAAGUUCCUGCCAGGCUUCAAAAUUUUGACAUACUAUGGCAGCCCAGAGGAGAGAAAGCAAAAGAGGAAAGGCUGGAUGACUGACGAUAGUUUCAACGUUUGUGUCACGUCGUAUCAGCUUGUCUUGCAAGAUGCCAAUUCGUUCAAGAGGAGAAGGUGGCAUUACAUGAUUCUCGACGAAGCCCACAACAUCAAGAAUUUCCGAUCAGAGAGAUGGCAAACCAUGAUGACUUUCAACACAAGAGCUCGACUUCUCCUCACGGGAACACCGCUCCAGAACAACUUGACCGAACUAUGGUCUCUUUUGUUCUUCCUUCAUUAUGGCCAGGACAACCAGGGUGAGGACGAUGCCUUUGCAGGGUUGAAGGAAUGGUCCGAAUGGUUCAAAAGGCCUGUGGAAUCGAUCUUGGAACAUGGACGGCAAGUGCUGGACGAAGAGGACCGUGAGCAGGUUGCGAAGCUGCACAAAGUCAUUCGACCUUUCCUUCUUCGAAGGCUGAAAGCAGACGUCGAAAAGCAGAUGCCGGCAAAGUAUGAACACGUGGAGAUGUGUCGAUUGUCCAAACGCCAGCGGCAACUUUACGACGGCUUCAUGUCGAGAGCUCAGACCAAGGAAACUCUUGCUUCUGGAAACUAUCUGUCCAUUAUCAACGCCCUCAUGCAGCUUCGAAAAGUAUGCAACCAUCCAGACCUUUUUGAGACGCGCCCCAUCACGACCUCCUUUGCUAUGUCUAAAUCCAUGGCUGCCACUUUUGAGAUCAAGGACCUGCUUGUCCGUCGCAACUUGAUGCGUGAUGCUGCGAAUGACCUGGACCUCGAUUUCUUGAGGUUGGCUCCAUUAUCGGACGAGAAUAUGUCUACGAUAGAGUUCAUGCAGACAGCGGGACGGCAUGCAUCUCACCUCCUCAAAGCGUUACGAGAAUCUCAAUAUCGACGGAUCUCUCAAGAUACCAACUGGCAUGGUGAAACUUGUGCAGGAGUCUUGGGCUCGCUGGAGAAUGUUGGCAGAAAGGCCAGAAUCCAAGAGCUUGAUCGAGCAAUCUACUACGAAGCGUACCGUCACCAUCAACAUCCGAUUUAUGGAAGGGGUUUGAUCAAUAAGUUGACCGUCAAUACCACCAACGCCCGUCUGUCCAGACUCUCUCCUUUCAGAGUCAGAAGCAAAUGGUGGGAGAACGAGAUGCCAGUGGCAGCUCUCGAUCUUGUACAAUCUAUCGAGUCGAGAUCGACCCUCAUGGAACCUCUCAUUGAGCAGUUCGCCUGCAUCACCCCUGCGGUGGUUGCUACAGACCUAGGCAUGACUGCUGUCACCGAGGAAGGAGCUGCAACAAUAAGAGCAGAUCCGCAAACGUGGAAGCUGGAUCCUUUUCACCAAGCAAGGAUGAAGCUGUCAAUAGCGUUUCCUGACAAGAGACUCCUGCAGUACGACUGUGGCAAGUUACAAAGGCUUGACAAAUUGUUGCGUCAAUUGCAGUCCGGAGGCCAUCGGGCGCUCAUCUUCACCCAGAUGACCAAGGUCUUGGACAUUCUCGAACAAUUCUUGAAUAUUCAUGGUCAUCGAUACCUCAGACUGGACGGAGCCACUAAAGUUGAGCAACGGCAAAUCCUGACCGAUCGAUUCAAUAACGAUCCUCGCAUCUUAGCAUUCAUCCUUUCGUCACGUUCCGGCGGAUUGGGCAUCAACUUGACGGGGGCGGACACUGUCAUUUUCUACGAUCUGGAUUGGAAUCCUGCGAUGGAUCGGCAAUGCACAGACCGAGCACAUCGUAUUGGCCAAACGCGCGACGUCCACAUCUAUCGGUUCGUUUCCGAGCAUACGAUCGAGGCCAACAUUCUUCGUAAAGCAAACCAAAAGCAACUGCUAGACGAUGUCGUUAUCCAAGAAGGCGACUUCACGACCGACUACAUGAACAAAGUGACCUAUCGAGACAUGCUCGACGGACCAGAUGAAAACGACGCAGCAGGGCUCGCGAUGGAUAGGGUUCUUGGGAACGACAAGACGAACAUUGCCGUUUUGGAACAGGCAGAAGACCAAGAAGAUCGUGCCGCGGCCAAGGUGGCUGCCAGAGAGGUCCAACAUGCCGACGACGGUGAUUUUGAGGACAAGACUGCCACUGCGACUCCACGUACCAACGAAGCCCAUACACCCGGACCAUUCGCCGCCACGGACGCUGCGUUGGCUGAGACUCACAUGGACGGGGACGACGGCGGUCACGAUAUUGAUGGGUACAUGAUCAAACUGCAGUCUUGGAUGAUGAAGGAUAUCCCUCUCGGUCCUGGCAAAGAUAAACGAAAGAAGGGGAAACGACGAGACGAGCAUCGAGUGAGAAGAGUUAAGUAG